AUGAACAUAAAAACAGUACAAAAGAAGAAGAAAGGAAAAGAUCGGCACAACAGAUCAUCCACGAUCGGCUCAUCAUCCGCUUUAAUACUCGGACGGCACGAAUUGACCCGAAGUACCAGCGUCCAGUUUGGCAGCCUCAUCCGCCAGAGGUCCGAACUCCGACUCGAGCUUGUUCGCCGUCACCACCUCCUCCUGACCGAUCUCCGCCUCAACUUGCUCCACAUCAACCGGCACUUCUCGACCCAGUCAGAAGGAACGGCAACACCGGCUCUCAUAAGUGUCUCGUAA